AGUCCAGGCCCAUGGCUUGAUCCAGUCAGAUAUUCUUUUGGGGCUCAAUUAUGUUCCACCAUGGCGGCCAUUAUUGCUCAACUGUCCCGAGCCAAUUGGGAACGGAAGAAGAACAAGAGAAAAGCCAUUCCUCCCGAGAAAAGCACUGCCUAUUUGCCACCGUUUGAAAGGACCUUCUUGGCUGAGAAGCAUAACAAAUACGUUCGCUGCAAAUUGGCCUUGAUUGAGAAGAUCAAAGCUGAAAAGCUCACUUUUGCGGAAGAGCUCUUGGUGUCCGAAAAGAACCUAUUGAAUGACGGAGUUCGGUGCUUUCAACGGAACUUCCGAAGACAGAUCAACAUAUCAGACCAAAUGGACAUCCAUUAUGGACUGGACCCGUUAAAGGCUCUGGCUGGAGCCAUCUUCCUCGGGAUUUUCAUCGCAGUCUUUGUGUUUCUAGUGGCGAUCUUUUGGAAUGUGUGACGACUUACUUGGAUUAAAUGAGAUUCUGGAAAUACAACACAAUCCGCGGCA